CAGCAUGCAGGGAGCAGGGAGCAGAUCGAUUGAACCCAGAAAACAAAAAAAAAUAGCUGCUGGAGAGAGAGAGAUGGCAGCUGUGGUUCCAAAAUCUAUCAGUUCAUCCACACUUGGCAAGGAUAAUAAUAGCCUUCUUGACCCCCCAAAAGAGCUCGAUGCUGGAGCUUUGUUUGUCCUCAAAUCCAGAGGGUCAUGGCUGCACUGUGGGUACCAUUUGACGACAUCUAUUGCGGCGCCGGCGCUUCUGAGUCUUCCUUAUGCGAUGCGCUUCCAAGGGUGGGUUGGGGGAGUAGUUUGCCUUAUUCUUGCAGGUUUGGUGACUUUCUAUUCCUAUAAUCUCCUUUCUCUGGUUUUGGACCACCAUGCGCAGCUUGGUCGCCGCCAACUGCGGUUUCGGGACAUGGCCACUGAUAUUUUAGGACCACGAUGGGGCAAAUAUGUAAUUGGCCCACUUCAGUUUGGGAUAUGCUAUGGCGCAGUGAUUGCUGCUGCUGUUCUAGGAGGGCAGAACCUUAAGUUCAUUUACUUGCUCUCAAACCCAAACGGGACAAUGAAGCUUUACCAGUUUAUUAGCAUAUUUGGAAUCCUACUGCUCAUCUUGGCCCAAAUUCCAUCUUUCCACUCCCUCAGGCAUAUAAAUCUUGCCUCUCUUAUCCUCUGUCUUGCUUACAGCGCUCUCGUCACAGCCGGUUCAAUACACAUUGGAUAUUCCAGGAAUGCCCCUAUCAGGGACUAUUCCUUAAAAGGCUCCGAAGUGAAUCGUGCUUUCGGUGCUGUUAAUGCUGUUUCAAUCAUUGCUACAACAUAUGCCUGUGGAAUUAUUCCUGAGAUACAGGCAACUAUAGCUCCUCCAGUGAAGGGAAAGAUGUUCAAAGGUUUAUGCGUAUGUUACGCUGUUAUAUUGACCACUUUUUUCAGCGUUGCAAUCUCUGGGUAUUGGGUAUUUGGUAAUCAGUCAAUGGGCACAAUUCUUGCCAAUUUUAUGGGCAAUGGAAAGCCCUUGCUCCCAACUUGGUAUCUCUUGAUCACCAAUGUUUUCACUCUUCUGCAAAUAUCGGCUGUCGCUGUGGUUUACUUGCAACCAACAAAUGAAGUAUUUGAGAAGUUAUUUGCAGACCCCAAAAAGGAUCAGUUUUCCAUUCGCAACGUUGUGCCAAGAUUGAUUUUACGGUCACUGUCAGUGAUUCUAGGUACACUUUUUGCUGCAAUGCUGCCUUUUUUUGGAGAUAUUAUGGCACUUUUUGGGGCAUUUGGAUGCAUUCCUCUAGAUUUUAUUUUUCCAAUGGUUGUCUACAAUGUGACUUUCAAGCCCUCAAAGCGUGGCAUUGUUUUUUGGGGAAACACAUUGAUAGCAGUAGCAUCCUCAGCAUUGUCUGCCUUGGGUGCAAUAGCAUCUGUUCGACAAAUAGUUCUUGAUGCCAAAGCAUAUCGUUUGUUUGCUGACGUCUAAAAAUUAAUAUUUGUAUCGGAUCUAAGAAAGAUGUGUGGAAAAUUGCAAGAGAAAGGUUUGAAGCAUUUCAUAAGAGAUAUUAUUUGUUCUUGCAUAUUUUCCCCUUUCCCUUUGUGUUUUUGAAUAUUUCAAAGGGUUGGACUUGGAACUACGUGUCGGAUUCAUUCCCUGGCUCAAUGAUAUUUAAAGAUUGUUUUUAUUCAUAUGGUUGACCGCAUGUUCAUAAUCCAGCUGAGAAGAUCUGUAACUAGGGGAUCCUUGGAGUACUUUUUCUUCUAUGAGAAGAUCUGUAACUAGGGGAUCCUUGGAGUACUUUUUCUUCCAUGAUUACCUCACGAAGUGUGUCUGUCGGGCAAGUAAUCGUCUGUCGUUGUCCUCACCGAGAGAAGGAUGACCCGCCGAGCACAAUCCGGCUUGAGGAUGGAUAGAUCUUCCAAAACCUGAGAGUGAACGGGCUUUAUUUGGCUUGAGUGGGGGUUUACAAUUACAAGACUUGAGUAAGCCUCUUAAUAAAUGGUAUCACAUGUUUCUAAUAGUUAUUUUCGUACCCAGUUUCAGUUCUGCAUUACUCAUACAGACUCGUACCCGUGUCAAAUGUCUAAAAACCAAACAUGA